CCUGUCGCUUUAAUGUUUUGUAGCUCUUUUGCAGACGUUUUGUUGUUUCUCGCCGGUAACUUUUUUUGUUGAAUAUAAACCGAAAAAGCGUUAUUUGAUGGCCAGCAACGAGCCCGGUGGCGGGAACUUUAUGGACGAGUUCGAGGAGGCCUUCCAGUCCUGCCUUCUAUCGCUGACCAAACAGGAACCCAAUUCAGGGACAAACAAGGAGGAAAUCGAACUAGAUGUCCAAAAAACUACAAACCGAUUCAUCGACGUGGCUCGUCAAAUGGAGGCAUUCUUCCUUCAGAAGCGAUUCCUUGUGUCCACAUUGAAGCCCUACAUGCUGAUUAAGGACGAGAACCAAGACCUGAGCAUCGAGAUUCAGAGAAAAGAGGCGCUUCUGCAGAAACAUUACAAUCGCUUGGAGGAGUGGAAAGCCUGCCUUUCAGACAUCCAGCAAGGUGUCCAUAGCCGUCCCACCCCGCCCAUCGGAUCUGGAAUGAUGCAGGGAGCAGGCGGCAUGCCGCCUAUGGGAGGAGUUCCCCCCAGACCAGGAAUGAUGCCGGGAAUGGGUCCCGGAGCCGGCGGUAUGGCUCCCAUAGGAGCCAUGCAACCAAGUCCACAGCACAUGCUUCAGGCCCAGCAGAUGCAGCUCCGCAUGAUGGGAAAACUGCCACCGAAAUAAUGGUGGGGUUGCAGAAAUUGGCAGGGGUUUCACCUUAGUAUGUAACUUUGUACAGAACCUGUAUCUCAAUGUAGUUCAAUAAAAACAUUUUAUAUAUCUAAAAAAAA